AUGAAUUCCCACCGAGGGGAAAAAAUUGUCCUCGACGGCCACAGUACGGGUAAUACACGAGUCGUUUGCCUCUUUUUACUUUUGGUGUUGCUUGGAACUGUUGUCAUAUGCGCAGCGGCUGCAUCUUGCAAUUGCAGUAGGGCAUAUACAGUGCGGCGUGAGGUAGAAAAAGGAAGUGUUUGUGCGCGGUGUGUGCACGUGUACCUUUGUUAA